AUCGCCACACUUCGCAUCAUUACCGCGGUAACGUGCAAUCCACUCAAUCUCCAGCCGCUCUGAUCUUCGCCGCUUCGACGCGAGACCUGCGAGAGUAUCUUCUUGAGAGAGAAAGACUAUGGACGCUAGACGCAUCACAGGCCUGCUCGCUUUCGCCGUAAUCGUUGGCCUCGCGAGCGGAGUCGAGAAUUACAUGGAUUACUCAGAUGAGCCGACGGAUAAAACGAUGGAUUGGAUCAACGAGUUGUACAGGCUGCUGAUGCAACGCAGGGCGCCGGAAGACAACUUCUUCGGCACCCCGCUGGAGCAUAUAAUGACGCGGAAGUCGCAGAGAUCACCGUCCCUGCGCCUUCGUUUCGGUCGUUCCGGACCGCACACCCUCGGGAUCUUGCCGAGACCGAUGGGAGGCCCAGAGGCGGGAUACGACGACAAGAAUUAAUCGGCGGAGCUGAUUCACCCAGAGGCACCUUCUUCCCGUUUCGUUCGUCGAUGAAAACGCCUACCCUCUCUCUCGUAUAAAUCACUCUCGCAUAAGUCUGUUUCGCUCAGCGCUCCGCGCGCAUGUUCGCCGCAUCUUCCCGAAAGUCUCUCGCGCCAUGUCCGUCGAAGAAGCGAAGAGGAAGCGGGGGGGGAGAGAAAACAAAUUUGCGCGUCUCGAUUGUGCGAGGACUGAUCGGAAAUGGGGGAGUGGCAGGGUGAAGGGAGGAAGAAAGAGAGAAGAAGAAAUUGUUCCUUCGUCGCGUGCGGCACGCACGACGCGUCGUCGUACGCUAAUCAAAUUUAGAACGUCGACGGUGAUUGAUAACGCGCGGACGCGCAAUUCCUCUCGCUUCGCGCGAGGCGUCUUCGGCGAAGAUUCGCGACGUGCAAUCACUUUUGCGUCUCGAGAGACACGUUUCACGCAUUCCUGAGACUCUAUCACUUCGCUGUCCGCUUCGUGGCCGCUCGAAUAUCCUCGUCGAACGACCGUCGACGCGCGCGCGCGCGCUCGCUCGCUCGCUCGCUGUUCCUGUUGAUUAGCGGCCGGCGGCCCGCUGUAAAAGGACACUUGGCCUAAGUCCUUCAUCCGACGCGAGUCGACUAAUCCACAUCGCAGCUUGAUUGUUACGGAUCCUGUUAUGCCUUCGUUUAAUUACGCACCGAGACGCCACCGAGAUGCUGCGAAAUGCAUUAUUUCGCGCGCGAGUCGCGCGCUCAGCUUCGUCGAAUGACGAAUCCGGCGUCGAUUGUCACUCGGCGAGAAGCGUAACGCUACUUCUCAUCGUUAUAGCCACGUUUGAUGUUUCGAGACAGGACUCAGACAAUGAAUUUGCGCCGCGAACGAACGAUGAUUGAUGACGAGCGCUUGUGUUUCUGUCUCGCCGGAGUUUCGUUCUCGCAUCGCGCUUGAUUAUUAAUUUCUUCGUCACGCCUGGCCUUCUCUCAGCAGCAUGCGCACCGAGCAAUUCCGUAGUCCUCCCAAACUGAAUUAUCGUCUUAAGAAAGAUGUCGGCCAGGCUCUUACAGGCCGUUAUAGGAUCUUUAAAGUCACUCGAUAGCUCUGAGACGCUGUGUAAUCGUCAACAGGCUGGCCUGUUGGUCGCCACCGGCCGAUCGCGUGGCCUCCCGAUAAUUGUGCCAAAUAACAUGACCGUUGUAUGUGGUAAAGUAAACAAGAAAGCAAAAAGAAAACGGAAACGGUUUUAUCUCCGCUGUAAUCUGUGACGACGCGGAGACGUAGACGAGAAAGCAGCCACCGCGUCGACGUUUCGAAACUUCGCCCGUCGCGGACGGGCGCGGUCGCAGGACCUCCUCCCCGCUAGGCGAUAGCAAAAUUGGAUUAUAACUGUUACGCGGAAUUAGCGGCGCUCGAUAAAGCCGUGAAGAGUGUCUCGACUGUGUGGAUGUGUCAAUUUGCAAAAUUAAAAAUAAAUUAUUAUGUAACACUGUGUCA